AUGGGCGGUGAGGGGCGCUCGAUGCAGUGUGGUGAAUGGCGGUGGAUCCAUCUCUGGGCGGUGGCUAGAGCGUGGCGAGCGGCAGUCGGCGCUUCAGUAGGCGCUCGCGAGUCGCAGGGCGCGCACGGACAGCGGCAGCACCCCCCGCCGCCCGAAUCGGCGGCUAUUAUGCCGGCGCCCCGGGGCCGCACGCCACGCGCCGCGCGCUCUCCGCCUCCGCGCAGCGAUCUCCUCGCUCCGUACGUCGCGCGCUCGCCCUCUCACCCUUAA